AUGGCAGGAUAUAGCACUGAUUUAAAUUGGUCUACUGAUAUAUUUGUGGACUGCUAUAAUUCAAUUAAAUAUCAAGAUCAACUUAACCUCAGCUUGUUAAGCAAUUUAAGGAAUGAUUUAUUCAACAUAUUAAAUUUACCUUCGAGAAGUGAUACAUCCAGAAAUAAAUUGAUUGAUGAAUCAACUCCGGUAAAAUUUAGUAACGGCGACGAGUUCAAAUUAAACAAAGAAUUUAUUGAAUCAUCGAUUUACUUGUCUACAGAACUAAAUAUCGAUGAAAUAUUAACGGCCGAGCUAUUAUACAAUUCCACUAAAUUAGGCUAUGAAAAAGGAACAACGUUUAUUGAUAGUGGAAGAUUGGCCUUCUUUACUCGUUUGCAAUUUAUAUUGAAUAUCUUGGGUUAUUUGAUAUCAAGUAAUAAUUUGCGCUUGGUUGUGAAUGAAAACUAUGAUGAAUUCUUUAACAAUCUAUUAAUCAGUUUUCAAAAAAUUUAUGAAAUGUUAGAGAAAUUAAACGACUUAAUUGAUAAACAGAAAGUAACUAAUGAUAUAAAUAAUUUAUCAUUCAUUAACACAAUAAAUUAUAUCAAGUCUCAAUUAUUUAAUAGUCAUGAGGUUUUGGGACAGAUAUAUUUUAGUUUGGUGGAUACUUAUUUUGAACAGUUUGGGUCGCUUAAGUAUUAUUCCAAGAUCGUCGAUCAUGUCAGUAAAACUAUAAGUGAUAAUGAUAUUCUUAUUGUUCAUUAUUUGCCAGGUUUAUUUAAGUUCAUUACCAAUUUGUCAGACAUACCAGAACUGGAAGUUUUUCGCCUUCACAAGCAAAUUGUCUCAAAAUUGAGCAAUGAAUAUGACAAAGCCGUGUCAGAGGAAUCAGUUGAUUUAUCCAAAUCUAAUUUAAAAGGAUUUGAAAUAGUUUUGGAUUUCGUGAUGUUAACUUCUUUUAUCCCAUGGUGUAAACUCUCAGAAUCACGUACUAAUACUAUUGAUUUUAAGGAUGAUAUUUUGAGAUAUAUUGAGAUGUGUAUAAGUUGUGGGGCUACAGAAGUAUUGUUAUGUUACACCGCAGAUACUUCAAAUUAUAAAACGUCAGAGUUAUUGGACUGGAGUAAUUUGUACGAUUUUAGAUCGUUAUUGCAAAUGAAUUUUCCUCGUCUAAGCCCAGCUAAAUUUAUCUACACGAAUUCGGGUGAUUUAAUUAAUUUGGUGAAUUUGAAACCACAGGAAUUUGAAAACAUAAAUAAAUUACUCGAUAUUUCAAAUUACAAAGUAUCAGACGACUUUAACCAAAAUUUAUUAGCCCCAUUUUUCCAUAUUUUCUUCAAUUACUUUAUAAGUAAUGCAGCAAUUAUACUAACGCUGUUGAGAGAUAACGAAGAAGAUUUUCUAUUAUCGUCCAUUAAUAGAAAGCAAUUAGAAAAUGAAGAAAAAAUUUCAAAAAGCGAUGAGGGGAUUGAUAACGAUAAGGAUGGCGACAGACAUGAUAACAAAAAAGCUUUUGCCAAUAAACAUACUGGCAAUGAUCUGGGCAUUGAUUUAGAUGAAAUUGCAACUAGAUCCGACUUGGAGCGGUUCUAUUUGGCAUUUGUAUACACUUAUAAUAAUAGACAAGAAUUAUGUUCAUUAUUUUGGUCUAAUGAUGAAAUAACGAACGACAUAAUGGGCUUUGUUACGUGGGGAUUGAGUAAUAAUACUUCUCCGUUGAUUUCUGCGACGUUUUGUUUACUAUUAGGUUCGUUAGCAUCUAGCGGCGAUGAAGCAGCCAUUAAAAUAUGGGAAAUUUUGGUUAAUAACAAUGCUACUUCAGCCAGUGCUAGCGGGUCCUUGAAAAAAAGUGAUUUUUCUAAAAUAUCGAUUGAUUCCAUAAUUGAAUCGUUGAAUUAUUAUAUUGAGUCAUUAAACGCAAACUUUGAACAAGAUUUGAGCUAUCAAGCUAAAUUACAGCAAAAAAGACAAGAAUUUUUAUUUUCUUCUUCUUUCAAUAAUACAGAUAAUAAUAAUGAAUCAGACGACUAUCUGUUAGACAAGGUCUUAAUUGAAUUAUCCGAAGAUUCAGUUGUUUUUAUUUCAGGAUUUAUACAGUUGAUAUCUUCGAUUGUUGGAAAUUUAUCUUCAACAAGUGACAGAUCCAUAGAAAUCAAGAAUAUAGCCUUUUCUAGAUUCAGUCCUGUAAUCUGUGCUUUUUUGAAAUUCGAUAAUAUAAUCACAGUUUCAAGAAGUAUACAAUUGAACAAUAAUUUAUUUACAGUGACGAAUGGUUCUAAUAAUCCCAAAACAUCAGAUUCUCCAAACGUUAUAGUUAAUGACGAUAAUAGAGUCAUCAUUGUUAACCUAUUGCUAAACUUAUUGUCCGAGUUUGUCAAUAAUGAAGAAAGCUUAGCAAUAAGAUAUAAAGUUUGGAAUAUAAUUGAUCGUUGGAUAUCCCAAAGUAUGAAUGAUGGCGAUUCUUCAAAGGCUACUAAUAGUAAAUAUAAUGGUGGCAAUUAUAUUAACUUAUCGAAUCAGCUAAAUGGCAUUUCAAAUAACCAGCAAUCUCAAUCAAGAUUAAAAUAUCCAAAUAAGCGCACUGUAACCAUGAAACAGGGCUUUCAACUUUGUUUGACUCGUCUCUCUGUUGUUGGAAAUUUCACGAAAUUAGUUAGUCAUCUAUUAAGGCCACUCGAAAUAGAAUCACAGAAGGCAUUUACAGCUUAUAAAUUACUAUACCCUGUUGACUUGGGAGCAGGAUAUAGGUACGGUAAUCAAAUUGGUAUUUGGCCUUACGUGGAGUAUUUAUUACUUGAGGUUUUUGCAAAGUCAGAUGAUUUACCCAAUAAAAAAGAUCAAUAUGACUUGAAAUUAUCAUUGAUUAGUUUGAUUGAAAGUUCAUUGAGCGAGAUAGACUGGGUAUUUUUGAAUGAUGUUGCUCCUAAUAUGAUAAACAACUUGAAAAAUUUAGAUAACAUAGUUGAUUCCCUUUCUCCUAGCAAUCCCAUCACGUAUCAAUUAUUCAUUAAAUUACAUCAUUCUUUAGCCGUAAUGAACUAUUUAUUUGAUGAAAAGGUUUACAAGUCACUUUUCAAUAUUAUAAGUAUCGGAACUGAGUCAAUUAAUGAGAAUGAAUCUUUAAGUAUUUUGGUUGAUAAAUGUUUGACAAUCCUUGAUAAGGCAUUAGAAUUACAAGACACAUUUGUUCACAGAUUGUUGCCUAUUUUAAAAAUCCAAGAAAUUCAAUCAUUUAAUGGUUCCAGUUCUGCAGGCUUCGGCACAAGUAUGAGUUUGGCGUUAUCAGCCCCUAAAAGUGUGUUUGAUAAUAUUUAUUAUCCUAAAAAUAUUGGCACAAAUGGUAUUUCAGACUUUUUUGAAAUUUUUUUGUUCAAUCUAGGAACUAUAGCCCAUUUUGCAUUAUAUGUUAGUUCACCUCAAUUAAGCAUUGCAAACUCAGCUAUAAGGAUCUUACACAAGAUCAGCCAGUCACCAUUUUUUAUUGCCAAAGUUGAGCACAAUUCUGCAGAUCCAUUAUUAAAUAAAAAUAGGCUAUUAACAGUCUUUGAAAGCAUCGAUGAGUCUGUUAAAAUUCAAUUUUCAUUUAUUCAACAAAUAGAGAUAUUUAUUGAAGACUAUAGCGAUUUGCAAAUCAAGUUUAGUAUAUUACAAUUUUUGAUUGAUAAUCUACAACAAUCUAUUGGAGGACCGGGGGUAGCACAUUUCUUGCUAGGCUAUGAAAUACGCGGUGGAAAUUUGUUUUUGAAUGAUUCAAAGUCAAAAAAUACAUUAUUGAAGUCUUUGCUCAAAUCUUUAAGUACAAGCUUAGAUUUAAUAUCUGAAAUUGAUUAUAAUAAUGGUAACAUUCAUAUUAUAGAUGCAGCCCCUGCUGAAUUAUCGUCGAAGAUAUUAGAGAUUUUUGUUAAAUUAUGCCAUGAUCCUAUUUCUUCUAACAUUACAUUGAAUUAUUUGCGUAAUUAUAACUUAGAAUCUAACGAUUUGUUUGCCAAAUUGAUUGAUUGCCAACCAAAAAUAGAUCCAAACACUAUAUGGUCUAAUAGCAAGUUUGAGGGAGAUUUACAAGAUGGCAAAAUGAAUAGUUUUAUACAAGAUUUAUUGGCUCCUAGGGCGUUGCUUUCCUUCAUUAAUCACAGAAAUUUAAUCCUACAGUAUUUAUCCUUAGAGUUUCUUAAUAUCUCUCAACAGAAGGCAAUUAUUAAGAAAGAUUCUUAUAUUGACUUAUUGCUAAAUGGUAAUGAAUUUUUGAAUGGGUCGCCAAAGAUUUUGAACUUUCUCGAUGUCUUAAAUUUCAAAUUUUUUAACUUCGAGAUCUAUAAAUAUGAGAUUUUCGAUGGAAAAUACAAUUUGGCAUUAAUACUAGAACAAAUGACUAAGAAUAAAUUACUGACCGAUAUAUUAGAUACAUCAGUUCUUGAAAAUCUUUACAAAAUCAUUUGUAAAAAUGCAAAUAGUCAGCUACAAGGUAGAGAAUCAAAAAUUUCCUUUUCGCAAGAUGUUAUGGAUGAAGGUUCUAAAAUUACUGAGUUUUUGACGAAAUAUAUUAUCUCUAUUGAAUUAAAGAAUGUUCAAUUAUCGUGUUUGCAUUCAUGGACACAAUUAAUUCAAGUAUUGGUCAGUGAUGGAGAUAUGCCAUUAAGCAAGAAGUCAAACCUUAUCUUAGAAAUUUUUCAAAUUAUAUUGCCCAAAAUUAACGACUAUUUGGGGCAAGACAUUUCAUUUUCUGAGGAAUUUAUUUCCUUAUGUGUUUUAUUAUUUGAUUUAUAUGAACAAGAAAGUUUAUCUAUAACGCAAGAAAAUGACAAAGUAUCCUUGUACAUGGACAGAUUAAUUCCAUUAUUCAAAACCUGCAUUAAUGGAAUAAUGAGUUCGAAUUCAACGCCUGAUUUGAGGUCCGACUUAUAUGUUUUGGUAAACAAGUUUUUGCAAAAGUCAUUUAAAAACAAUGAUUUAAUAAAACAAAUAAUAGUGAUAAUUAAGCUGAUAGAUUCAAAAUUUAUUGAUAUCAUUAGUAAUGAUUCGAUUUGUGCUGAAGGUGCUCCAAGAAUCACUUCAUUAUUAUUAUUGGAAUCAUUAAUACAUUUAUCAUCAAAUAACAAGGUUAAUUUUAUAUUGGAGUUGAUGAUAAAGAACAAUUCAUUAUCUUUACUUAUUAGGUCUUUGAAAAGGACUGAUGAGAUGCUUUCUCAUUAUUCUGAAUCUAGUUCCCUGAAAAAUGGAAUUGAUACGUUGUUGUAUGAGUUAACUGCAUUUAAAUCUACCCUUUACUUCUUAAUAAGAGUUGCACAAACCAGACUUGGAUCAUCACAGCUUAUUCAAAACGAAAUCUUCUCAAUUAUAAAGCAGUGCAAAUUUUUGUCCAUUGAUCCUGACUUGGGCUUGGAAUUGAAAAUCAAUGAAUUGAACGGUAAUGACAAAUCCAUUUACAUUAGUUUGUCACUUGAUACUCCUAUCUCAUUGAUAGACGUGAACAAACAUCAUAAAUCUGAAAGAGAUAACAAAAUUUCUUUUUUUGAAUUCCUUGUUCCUAUCUUCCAAUUAAUCUCUGCUGUAUUAUUAUCAAUGGGACCAUCAUAUAAACCUAGCAUAAUACAAGCGAAGGAUUUGUUACACCAUUUCAAUAGAUUGGUUGUCGGUGUAAUGAAAAGAGAUGUAUUGAUUGAAAAUAAACAGAUCCUGUCCAUGAAAUAUCAAGAAGAUACCAUCUCAUAUUUGGGAUUAAAGGAUUUGGUUCAGUUGAUUGUAUUAUUGGAUUCUUUAGUCAAUUAUGAAUCAGAUGAUAAAAACUAG